AAAAUAAAUGCAAAGCUUCAUGAUGGAGUGUGUCAGCAUUGCAAAGGUAUCUUGGAGUGGCGGGUAAAGUUCAGCAAGUACAAACUACUAUCAAAACCCAAAAAAUGUGUGAAGUGCCUCCAGAAGACUGUAAAAGAUCCUUACCAUAUUAUUUGUCGACCAUGUGCUGGUAAACUAGAAGUUUGUGCUAAAUGUGGAAAGGAAGAAGAAAUAGUAAUUCC